CCCCAACUUACCAAUUGAGAUUUGUAGGAGAUAUUUGCGUGAAGUAACCAAGUAGUCUCUUGCAAGCGAGCAAAGUAGUCUUACGCUUCCCGCUCUAGUCUUUUUCGCAAUCUAGUUUUCUACAAUGGCUCGCGUCGCUUUGGCUGUCCUAUUCGUAUCUCUAUGCGCUUCGGUAGCUCUCGCGGAGGUUUGCCCGGGGUUUGUGUGCGGGCCGGGCAACUUCAAACAAGGCAAGUUCACGGACCCCACGGAUCCGUACAAGGAGCCGGCGGACCCUCUGCACGAGGCGUACUUCACGCCGGGGCAGAUGUACCAGUACGAGAAGUUCAACAUUAGCGACGACCUGAUCGCGACCCCGCAGCUGGACUGCUACAAGGUGUGCGAGUAUUACAACAUGCAGCUGCCCAGCAACGACAACUCGGCGAACAAGGCCAAGUACUGGAUGUUCGAGGAGACGUGUCUGGACGCGACGGGCGGCAUCUGCACGUGCUACAACAAGCUGCAGUGCAAGGACGACAAGAGCUACAGCAGCAAGUGGAUGGAGCCGGCGCGCGGCGUGGGCACGGAGGACUACGAGGUGCCGGCCAACUUCACGGUGGGCGAGCUGUGCGAGGGCAAGGACAAGGGCGACCCGCACUUCACGGGCGCCGACGGGUCGCACUUCGACUUCAGCGGCAAGCCGAACCGCAACUACGCGCUGGUGUCGGACCCGCACUUCCAGAUGAACGGCUUCUUCGGCGGGCGCUACAGCCGGUGGAACGGCGACGUGAAGGCGCUGACGUGGAUCCGGUCCGUGGGCAUCAUGGCGGGCCACCACACGGUGGUUCUGGAGGCGCGGCGCGGCGGCGACGCGGAGUACGGCAGCGGGUACCUGGCGCGCGUGGUGGCGGACGGCGCGGCGGUGGAGGUGACGGUGCCCGGCACGACGGUGCAGCUGUGGGACGGCGCGACGCUGAGGUGGGAGGCGGCGCGGUCGGUGAGCGGCACGGACCUGGUGGACGUGUACGACGUGAAGAUCGAGGGCGUGGCCACCAUCCGCCUGACGCUGAGGCCUGAGGUGAAGAACCUUCGCACGCCCACCGACGCCGCCGUGCACUUCGGCCUCGACGUCCUCUCCUCCUCCUUCUCCCACGCCGUGCACGGCGUCCUCGGCCAAACGUUCCGCCCCGACUUCCAGGGUCGAUUGGCCAAGCAGCAGCUGCAGUGGAGCGAUCUGCUGCAGGUGAUGGUGGUGCCGGGCGACAACGCGGAGGGGUUCAUCGAUGGGCGCAUGGACGACUACGAGGUGGCGGACCUCCUCAAGGCGGACUGCAAGCUCUGCCGCUUCACGCGCGCACAGGCCGUGGACGAGGAAAUGUCCAUCGCCAUGAACAUGAUGGGCAGCGCCGCCGGCGGAGGCCUGCCCGCCGCUCCUCGCAAGUACCUCGCGCAGAGCUUCUAGACUGCGAUGUGCAGUAUACAAUACAGUAGUUCGUUUUGUUAUAUUAUAUUAAUUCCUUCUAUUCAAAGUAACGGCUUUUUGUAACAGAGCGUGUCCCGACGAACCUCUUCCCACGCUUGGGCGCUUCAGUUCGCAAAUUUCGACGCGGAAUGGUUCGGCGUGGUGCGACAAGAUGUUGCGCUUGCCGAGGCUGGGGGCGUAAUUCGACCACUUUCCAGUCACACGCGUAUAUUUAGGAACGCGAAUCUAUGGAAUGUUACUGUGGU